AUGUGUUCAAAAGAAGGGUUAAUUACGGUACAAAUGUUAGGAGAAAAUGGAGCAAAAGAAGGCCAGAAAGAUGGAGUAAAUGAAGGAUUGAGAGGAGGAACAUUUAAAAUGACAGUUGAAACGGAGACGGUUCAAGUUUCAUCAAGUGGUUUAGCACCAAAAUUGCGUAAAGGAUUGGAAACAGUGAAGGGAACAAGAGCGAAGAAAAAACGAUCUAGACUGAUAAAUGUUGCGUCUAAAUCUGAAAUAUUUGCAGCUAAAAUAGCAUCGGCUAUUGAUGAAAAUAUUGAUUCUGAUUCAGACGAGACAUUUGUUUAUGAAACGAAUACACGUUCUCCUCACCAAUUGUCUAGGGCCUCAUCUAUUUCAUCGAUUGUUUCACAUUCUCGAAAUGUUGAUGGAAAAGGUUGUCUUUCAGGAAAACAUAGUAUGAAAUUUGUUAAUCAUUCUUGGUCAUCAGAUCCUGAUCAUAAAGAUCCGUUUAUAAUGUUUUCCGAUUUAUCUCGGUCUCCUGGAAGAACUGCUGGAUUUCCAUUUUUACGUACUUUGGAAAAAGUAGAAACAGGGUUGCGUUCCCCUCAUAGAAUUGGGUCACGUACGACAUCCUGUCCAUCUUCUCCUCAUUAUAAACAUCAAAAAUUAAAAUAUUAUAAUACAACAUUUCGUCGUCACUUUAUAGAUAAAAACACGGGUCCAUUUUACACAACACAUGAAGAGUUUUAUCCUCAUGAAAGAAUUCCUCUUCUUUAUAAAGAUGUUGGAUGCUUCACUGAUGAUCGAUAUCACAAUUGUUACUAUAACUGGCAAAACUACUAUAUGUCUUUUAAUAAAAUUAUAUGGAUUUCUUUUUGUCUUUUCCUUCUUCUUGCAUGCAUGGGUUUAUUUAUAUUAAUUGCAUGGUCUUUAGAAAAAGCGAAGGCUUCAAAUAUAACUAAUAUUUCUCAUCUUACCUAAGUUCUUAUAUGUAC